UCAGAAUUAUUAUUAUUAAUUUGUUUAUUUAUUCAUUUAUUUAGUUAGUUAUUUUUCCAUUAUUCUACACCUGCUGUGUGUGUAGUCACGCUGUCAUCCAUUAGUUUCAUGGACUGAUCCCAGUCCCAUCUGGACCUGGCCUGGAUAUUCUGCUGAAUCAGUAGAAACUCCCCAGCACGACUCGGCCUCUUUUGUAAUUGAUUCAGGAGUGCAAGAACACAAGGUGAAUUAGCUGUUGUGUAUGUAUAGACCAAAAAGAGAACAUCUAAGCUUCCUUUAUACUUUCUCAAAUGUUUGUUUAUAAUGUAAUGAGCUUUCAUUUUGUAACUCUUUCCUCUCUUUUUAAAGUCUCAGAAGUCUGUUAGUAUUGGUGGUCCUAAUGGCUGGACUCACUACCGGAGAAACUGCUAUAUUUUGGGGCCUGGUAGAGUUAGCUGGAGCAGAGCACAACAUGCUUGCAUGCUGUACGUUACACAUCUCUGCUGUCAGAGGAACACCUUUUAAAUAUUAAUGUAAUUACUCCAAAAUUUAGGCUUGAAAGUGAAUUGACCAGUAUCCACUCAAAGACUGAUAUGAAGAGGAUGUGGACGUUUGCUGGAAAGCAAUCAUUCUGGAUCGAUAAGCAAAUAAGAUCCUGUACAUUUAUAAGAUGUGGGACGGGGAAAAGAUGGCGGCGGCCUUGGUACAAAUGUCAUGUUUGUACCGCGGGAUGUUGGCGGUCAGGGCCACAGGUAUCCGGCCGCUGAUUCCAGGACUCGUGCAAUCUCAGAUCAGGGCGUUUUCGAUGAAGAAAGAACCGGAGCUGGAGGAAAACCCGUAUUAUGGUAAAUAUGAAGAGAAGAUCAGAAAACUGCGGAGUUCAAAACCUCAAGAAUAUAAAGCGCGGCUGGAGAAGCGCAGUGAGGUGAAGACAGAGCCGCUCGGACAGUCCAGACAAGCAGAAUUCGUGAAGUACAUGGAGAAAGAGCUGGACAAACGUGGUAAAGCAGAAGCUGGGGGUUUCACCAAAGAUAAAACAUUAGGGUCUAUUCUCAACCUUGAUAUGGUUCAGGAGAAAUCUGGAUCUGAAAUUGCAGAGCUGUGGAUGCAGUACUUCUCAAAGAAAGACACAAUCAGUGCCGUCAUACCAGCCUCAACAUUUGACAUUAUUUUUGGUCGUGCCAAAUCUUGCCCAAUGUUUCUGUACGCUCUGCCCCAGAAGGAGGGCUAUGAGUUUUUUGUCGGCCAGUGGGCUGGUCAUGAACUGCACUUCACAUCUUUAAUCAAUGUUCAGACAAUGGGAGAAAACGCACCCAGCCAGCUUAUUUUAUACCACUAUACAGACCUGCAGAAGGACAAAGGCAUUGUGCUGAUGACCGCUGAGAUGGAUAGAAAGUUUCAGACUGUCCACCAGGCACAGUGCUUGGCCAAUCAGGUGCAGCUGUUUUAUGGAUCGCAGCGGCUUGAGACUUUCCGAUUGGUCGAGACCUUCAACCACCAACCGGCAGAGUUUAAACACAUGUCUGUGAUAGCAGAACUCGAACAAAGUGAUAUUGGACCAGCAGUCACUACAAAAUAAUCCAAAGGCUAUAAAUAUGGUGUUGCUUAAUGUGGACGGUCACCUUGGGAAAGCAGCGCUCUGUAACUUUGUAUGGAGGCCUGUGAGAGUCUCUGCAGCCAGAUGAGAAGAUAAUGUGUUGCCUUUCAAUAGAUAUAUGUAUAAUAAAUACAUAUGUGUCAUUUAUUGAUUAUCUGCUACUAAGUAUGCAGAUUCAGUUCUCAUUUGACUCCCAGUAAAUGUCCUCAUUAGCAUUCGGCAUGAAAUACUAUACUAGUGUUAUUGUAUGAUAAUUAUUUGCUUUAAAAUGCAAAAAGGAAGCUUUUUAUUAGGAUAAAAAAUGACACACAUAUGUUUCCCACAAAAAUAAGUCAUCCACUUCAUGCAUAAAUGGUGCACUUAAUUCUUUCUUAUGUAUACUAUUACUUCAAAUUAUUGAACUUGGAUAACAAUUAAGUUGUUCAAGCCUGUUUACCAGAAAAUACAGGCGUCUUUCCUCAUUCUUUACUGAGAUAAACACACCUGUAGCCUGGUGAGUGAGAUCCAUAAAUAGACGCUCUGAAAUACCCUGAGGACCCAAGCAGCAUAAUGUUCUUGUAUGUCCUUUGGGAUGCUAUUCAUAAUAAAGCCUCACAUUUUUUUUGUACCUAGUUUUACACAGCAUUUAUGUACCUAGUUCUGUAUUGUGUACAAAAUAUAAAAGUGACAUGCAAAUGA